AUGGAAAAUUUUGUUCUAUAUGAAGAGUUGACAAAGGGAGCUAAUACUGUUGUUUACAAGGGCAGACGCAAGGGAACAAUUAACUUUGUGGCAAUUCACUGUAUUGAUAAAUGCAAGCGACCAGAAGUUACAAAUAUGGUGCGAAUGACUCAUGAUAUUGAGCAUGAGAAUGUUGUCAAGUUCUAUGAGUGGUAUGAAACCAGCAACCAUUUAUGGAUGGUGGUUGAGCUGUGCAAUGGUGGAAGUCUAGAAACACUGAUCGCCCAGGACAGCAACCUUCCGGAGUCAGCUGUGAGAUCACUUGGAGUCCAGCUUGUCACUGGUCUUCAUUAUAUACAUUCUCAUAAUAUUUUGUUUCACGACCUCUGCCCCAGCAAGAUUCUGCUGGACACCAUUGGAGUUUUGAAGUUGGCCGAUUUUGGCUUGUCUAAAGUUGAAGGAGAGAAUCUGGAUGAACUCUUCUUGAAGUUUGCUGAAGCUGGAGAACAUUGGAACAUAGAAACAGUUGAGGAGAUAAUGAAACACAACAAAUCUUCUGGUUCCGUGAUGUAUAUGGCACCAGAGUUGGUGCAGGGUGCAGAACCAAGUGUGCUGAGUGAUUUGUGGUCCUUGGGCUGUGUCCUGUAUGAAAUGUUUGCAGGUCAUCCACCAUUUCUUGCUGAAAAAGAAGAACACAUCAAGGAAAGAAUACUCUCAACAGAUUUCCCUAUACCAAAGGUCAAAGGGUUAAGACUGUCAGCAAAACCAUCAGCAGAGUUUUUGAGUUUGCUGGAAGGACUGUUAAACAAAGAUCCAUCCAAGAGAAUGACCUGGUCUGAGCUUGUCAACCACCCGUUCUGGCAAGGAGAGCUGUCCAAGUUGGCCAAAGAUCUAUCACCUUUUUCUGUUGUUCGGGCUAGUCAGGUGUCUGUAGUUGGGUCAUCCUCAGUGUAUGAGCAGGGUGAUGGGUCUUUGCUUGGGCAGGUUAAAGCAGUGGAUGCAAGACGAAGUAUGGAGCCGCCUAUGAUUAAUCUGGACAUCGCUGAUGGCAGUAGACCGGGUACUGUUGUAGGGAUGGGGGAUUAUCUGCGACCUAAAACAGCCCCAGGACUAGAAAGUGGUGGCAGUCUGUUUACACUGAGUGCACGUCCACAUACUGCGGUACCACCAGAUGAAAUAGGUGCCUCUCCACUUCGACCGACACAAGCUCCGCUGACGACUCGUGAGACUGUUGGCAAAACUACAGAUGAUGAAACCAGUAGUCAUGACAACAUGAGUGGUACAAAAAGGCUGAUCUUUCAUGAUAGUGACUUUACUACAGCUCAGAUUGUGGAUAAUCCAAAAAUACAGAAAGUACCUCCUUGUAAAUUUGACCCCAAAAUGUUACCUGUACCACCAUUUACAGUGGAGAAGUUAACAGGUCUAUCAGUAAAAGAGAUACAAAAACAGGCUAAGGCAAUAACUGACAGCAUUGCUCAGAUAGAGAAGGGACCACCUUCACAGAAACGUCUCCAGUUGUUGAAUUACCUAGUUUGUGUAGCCUCUUGCAAGCAGCUUUCUACUGCUUUGGUGAGUACAAGAAAACAUUUAUGUAAAUUGAAGUUUUCAAGAGCUCUGGCUUUGAUUGCUCAUUUUACAGAAUCUGUUGACGUAUCUGUAAACUUAGCAGAACCACUGUCCAUUCUGGUGGAUGUGCUCAGAGAGAACAUGAAGAACAACAGACUCAGACAGGCAGUAUUGCCAGCUUUAGGGGAGCUAAUCAACCUUGUGGCCACACAGGAACAAAAGCUUCAAGAUUCUGUGGAGAUUUGGGCAGUUCCAUCUGUAGCUUACACCACCAUUAUAAGAGGACUAAGAGAAGGGGAUGAUCAGAUACUGAAUCACAUGGCAGCCAAGAUAAUAGAAAAUGUCACAGCCACCAAGACCAGCCAUGCCCAGAAAUUUGUUACACAGGAAGUCUGCCAGUCUUUAUGGUACCUCUUCAAGCAUUCAACAGUGGAUGCAGUCAGAUGUACAGCCAUUUCGGCCUUGUGUAGACUCACAUGGCACAGCCCGGCCAUGUUUCAGAACCUUCUGGAUGUUGGUGGUCUGAACUCGGUGAUGCAGGCUCUGACAGCAGGAGUGUCCAGGGUACAGCAAGCAAUUAUAACUAUGUUGGGUGCCUUUAUGGUAACAGUUGGUCAUACCAGCAGACUCUUCCAAGAAAAGGAUUUGCUAGCUAAGAUCAUGCGCUGUUUUGAGAGCCCAUCAGCUGUAAUUCGUGGGAAAGCAUUUGUUCUGAUUUAUGAGAUGGUUCAUAGUAAUAGUGACUUGUUGUUGAGUUGUUGUCAGGCAAGACUAGUCAUGUAUAUUGAAAGAGACAGCAGACGCCAGACCCCUCGGACACCAAAAACAACACCCCUGGAAGCACAAGAAUAUCUUAACCAAUGUUUAGAACUCCUGGUAUCUGGGAUUGUCCAGCGUUUACCUUCUGUAAUGGAUGAGAUUCUAGACAGUCUGGACCAAGUUGGUGGACGCAAACAUCCCAGCAACGUACAGGCCAAGCAGUUAAAGUCAGCUCUGCCACUGAUCCCAGUUUUUAAUUAUUUGAUCACUAGCCAGGUGUUUCGAACUUGCAUCGUAAAUGAUCAGUUUUUUGAUCAAUAUGUCAGACUCAUAAAUCAUGUGGUCAGCAUUGAAAGUGGAGAGACCAACAUUGAGUCAGCAUCAGCUGCCAUCAGUGGGUCGGAGUUUGUGAGCUCCUCUCUCAGCAUUCUGGAAGGCAUUUCCCAGCAUCCAGUUCUCCUGACUCAGCACAAUGUGAUUGUCAUGAAGGAGGUUUUGCCAAGCCUGGCUUCACUCAUUGCUUGUCAAAGUGCUGAUACCAAAGCCCAAGCUCUGCAGCUUUUCGGGGAGAUUGCAUCAGUCUUUCUGUCACAGGACCAGCUAGGCAUUGUUGAGACUAAAGUCAACACAGUCCAGUUACACACUAUUAUAUCAGAGAGACUCCUUCCACUAUUUGAACCCAUCCUCUUAGACCAGGACCCACUACCCAGCUAUGCCUUGAAGCUAAUACUGACAUUAAUUGAGCAUGAUGUAUCCUUCAUCAAGCAGAUAGAAGGUCAUGGUCUUAUUGCAGUCAUUUUUCAGGUUUUGGUGGAUCAUCAGAACAAUGCACUGGGAAGAGUUGUACAAGCAGUUGUUGCUCUCCUCAAUUGUUUGGUCACCCAUAAAGAGACAAACAUGAAGGAACUCUAUGAACAAGGUUUAAUAGACCAGAUAACCAAUAUAUUCUUUGAAGUGUGGAAUUCAGUCUGUGAAGGUGAAGGGGGUGGAAAAGAUGUUAAAACAUCUGUGAUGAUGCUGUUGACACUUCUAGACACACUGAAUGCAAUCCUCAGAUAUGUCUCCGAGGUGGUUCGUAGAGCUUUGCAGGUCAAAAACAAAGGAGGCAGUGGCGCUCAGAAAGAGGCUGAGUUAGGGGAACAACUCUUGAUGAUGAACAAGUCGUUGACUGACUUAACUUCACUGCUGACUCAGUUGCUUUGCUAUGAGGACACAGAAAUACAAGACCUGGCUCUCAAGUGUUUGUCCCUGUUAGUGCAGCUGUUUGGUGGAGAGAGCAGAGAUGCUAUGUCAUCUGAGAAUAUAGAAUGUUACUGUAAAGCUCUUAGAGUAUCAGAGCCAAAGAAACAGAAAGUUUUACUGAGGAUUAUCAAGAGACUGCUGAACACAGACUCCCGCCAUUUAAGCUGUUUGAAGAAAUCAGGUGAUGAACUAGCUGAAACAAUUAAGUCCUUGGCAAAUACAGCCAGCUCCCAUGCAGAUAUAGGUCUAUCCAGUGUUGCUGCAGAAAUCCUGAAAAUGAUCGGGUGUGUGUGA